AGUCCCCGGCGCAGCUGCAGGUCUCCGCGGGCAGCGAGUCUACCCGCCGCAGGUGAUUUCAGAAAAAUGAGGAUACUUAGUAGUGCUAUACUCAUGGCCUACUGUUAUUUGUUGAAAGCAUUCACUAUCUCAGCCCCCCAGGACCUGUAUGUGGUAGAGUAUGGCAGCAACGUGACAAUGGAAUGCGAAUUCCCAGUAGCAAAAGAGUUAAACCUGUAUGCAUUAGUUGUCUACUGGGAAAUGGAGGACAAGAAAGUUAUCCAAUUUAUAAAUGGGGAGGAAGACUUGAAGGUUCAACACAGUAGCUACAGCCAGAGGGCCCAUCUGUUGAAAGACCAGCUCUUUUUGGGAAAGGCUGCACUUCAGAUAACAGAUGUGAAACUGCAGGAUGCAGGGGUUUACUGCUGCUUGAUCAGCUAUGGAGGUGCCGACUACAAGCGGAUUACUUUGAAAGUCAAUGCCCCAUACCGCAAAAUCAACCAAAGAAUUUCUGUGGAUGAAGUCACGUCUGAACACGAACUAACAUGUCAGGCGGAGGGUUACCCCAAGGCUGAAGUCAUCUGGACAAGCAGUGACCACCAAGUCCUGAAUGGCAAAACCACUAUCACCAGUUCCAACAGGGAGGAGAAACUUUUCAAUGUGACCAGCACGCUCAAAAUCAACACGACAACUAAUGAGGUUUUCUACUGCACUUUUCGGAGAUCAGGCCUUGAAGACAACAGCACAGCUGAGUUGGUCAUCCCAGAACAAGUUAGAGUUCCAGGGAGGACUCACUUGAUAAUUCUAGGAGCUGUCCCGGUGUUACUUACAGCCCUGAUGGUCAUCUUCUGUCUACAAAGAGAUGUGAGAAUGAUGGAUGUGGAAAAAUGUGGUGCUGAAUACAUGAACUCAAAGAAACAAAAUGAUACACAAUUUGAGGAGACGUAACCCAGCAUUGCAACUUCUGAUCUUAAAGCGGGGCUGCUUGGCCUGUGGUUUGGGUUUGUCGGGCUGAGGAUGACCAGAGUACGCAAUGGGCCAGUGGGCUGCGGACGAUGUAGGACUUAAAAGAAUGAUGGAGUGAGAAAAUAUAGCCUGGAAGGAUACCUCAAUACCUCAAAAUGACUGGGAGACUCAUCGGUGCAUACGAAAGGGAGAAAGGACACUUCUGAAUGAUGAGCCUCCAUGCAAACUGUCCAUCUCUUUUCCUAGGAAAACAAGUUGAGAUUCCCUGAUUUAAUGGUCAGUUCCUGUGGAAGUGCCCUUUGCCUUCCCUCGAUAUCUUGAAUGAUCUUCUGCGUGCGUGAGAGUCCCGGUGUUGCAACAGUGUUUGAAUACGAGUUAUUUCUAUUUAUUUUGUGUCUUUGGGGUCUUGUCAUGUGAGUGUGGUUAUGAAUGAUUUCUUUUGAAGAUAUAUUGUAGCAUAAGUUAAAAUUGUGUCACCAAACUAAACUCACCGCUAGUAUGUGUGCAAUAGAAUGCAUAGUAUUUGUAAGGUGCUUUGUAUCCUUUGUAAUUAUUGGUACACAAGAAGCAUAUAGAACAAACUAUUGGUUUGUAUAGGAUAUUACCCUAUUUAACUCAUUGUUGCUCUGGAUGACUUGAAUAGUAAUCUCACUAUGAGACCUCAAAUGUUUCAAUAAUCUUAUUCUUAGACCUCAAGGCAAGAUACAUUACCAUAGUAUCUGUUGUAUUUAAAUAUCAGCUUUACAACUAUGUGGUAUCCUACAGUCAUAAUUUUAUUUAAUCUCUGUAACAAAUGUGUUUCGGAAAACUCAGUUUUUACCCAUUUCACAGCUGAGGGAUUGAUAAGUAGCAAACUUCAGAUUUCUGGGACUGUCACCACUAUCCUUUUAGAAUACAAUCUACAGCUGUGUUUUACUUUAAGAAAUUCAUUCAAAAGAAGAAGAAGAAGAAGAAGAAAUUCAUUCAGCAAACAUUUAGGAAAUGCCAUUGCAUAUCUCUUACUGUGCCAGACAGUGAGUCCACAGAUGUGAGCAAGAUAAAGUACCUCCCCGAAGCAGCUCCUAGCAUAAUGGGGGUGGGGGCGUUGAUGAGAGAAUGCAUUAUCACACUUUAGGGCAGUGUCACAGCAUAAAGUGUUAGAGGAGAAUGACAGUGUGAGGAACAAAGUCUAGAUGUGCUGCCAAAAUGAGUGAGGUUGCUCUGGGUGGCCAGGCAAUACGCUCCUGGACAAUUGAAAAUACUUUAAUAAAGCAAUUUUAGUUUAUGAGAUGUCAAUAUUUUUAGGUUUUUAAGAUGUCAAUAUUUUUAAAAACUGUAGAAAGUGACUCUUGAAUUCCUUUUCUCUCCUUAUAGUUACCUCUGAUUUAUUUGCCUUUGCCAUACAACCUGAUGCCUAUGUAUAUACACGGUGUCUGGUAUUACUUAGCAGUUCUUUUUUUUAUUUAAACACAGUUGAAUUUUGAGUUUAUACCUUUCCAUGAUUCAAAAUUCAGAAAGUCCAUUAGGAGACAUUGAAACAUCUCCAUUCUAGCCUCGUAGUCAUCAGUUUCCCUUUCUAGAAGUAACUACUCUUGCCUUUUGUUUAUUCUUCUGAAAAUAUUCUAUGAGUGUGUGUGGAAAUAUUUUAUGUAUACACAGUAUAUAUUUUUAUUUCUUAUCCUUUGUCACAUAAGUGGUAACACAUUAUGUGUCUGCUGUGCACUUUGCUACUUUUAUUUAUAUAUUAUUUCUUACAUAGUGGCUGGAACAAAUCUGAAGUUCCCAGAGGUCAUGCACUAUGGCUUGUUAGUUUCCAGGCCAUCUUUUCUAUAGCAUCUUAGUAUCUUUCACAAGACUUAGUGCAAGCUAAAUAUGUACUACGUUAACAUGGAGACAACCGGCAUUCAUUGAGUACCUGCUUUAUGACUGAGUUUGGAUUUGGUUUAUUUUGUCUUUCUCAAAAUGGGACUCAUGGGUUCUCUAGGGUAUACUGGGUCAACUUAGUCCUGAAGGGUAAUUUUAUUACUAAUCCUGUAUGACAGAAUUAUGUCCGGAACUUGUUUGCUUUUUUCUGUUUUCUCUUGAGUAUAAACUUGACUGUGAUAUUGCACUUACAAAAUUGCAUGUUCUUUUUGGAAAUUCCAGUAGACUAUUUGACCCUAGAACCUCAUCUGUGCCAGGGAAGGCCCAUGGGCUGGCCUAAACCAGCCCAUGGUUGAGUCCUGCCAGUUCUCAUCACUACACAGGCCUCUUAAGAGUAACCUUCCAAAGGUAUUGCGGGUCAGAUGCCCCUCUCAGGAGCUCCCAGAAUGUUCCUUCACUCUUAACCAUUUAUCUGGAUUGAUGAUAAGGAAAACCUUCUUUGCUUUUUAAUGUGUGAAGGCUGAAGACACAGAAUCUCCAACAGAAUGUCUUCUGUUAUUUAGCACAUGUUUAUUUGUACAGUAUCUCUUAUGUGUAUGAAGUACAAGCAAGGAUCCUGGCUGAGCAAGACAUGCAGCCCAGUCAGCCCAUUCCCGAAUAUUAAUGCCAUUUCAUGGUGUUGGAUUCAUAAAGCACUUUAUCCCUUUGUCUUGUGUUUCAUUGUACAUGGUAUAGGCAGAGAUGACUCCUAAUCCUGCAUUUGAUUGUCACUGUAUACACCUUUAUUAAUUUAAUAAAAUACUUAUUUAUUUUGU